AUGGCCAUUGUCGGAGGCUUGGCCCUUGCCAUCUACUACGCCCCCAUCCCAUGUAUGCGCACAUUUCCCAUCACCUUUGACGGCUCCGGCGACAUUGUCUACCCGGAAUGGGCCUACCCCUACCGCGGCUGGCUCCUCCCCGCGCACCAGGCCGGCACGCUGUCCCUCGGCGGUCCGAUGCUCGUCUACCUCGUCGCCGGCGCCUUGCGGCUACACUCCCUGUGGGACGCCAGCAACGCCGUCCUCGGUACCGCCUGGGCCGGGCUCCUCGGCGCCCUCGCCCAGGUCGUCCUCAAGCAGCUCGUCGGCGGCUUCCGCCCUUACUUCCUCUCCGUCUGCAUGCCCGACCCGUCUCUCGGCCGCGCCAACAACCGCACCGGCCUCAACGGCGUCGGCUUCCAGCGCGUCAUGUACUCGACCGACGUCUGCACGCAGCCGGACCCCUGGCUGCUCAAGACGGCCGCCACCGCGUUCCCCAGCGGCCACGCCACCGCCGCCUUCGCCGGCCUCGGCUUCCUCUUCCUCUGGACGCACGCCAAGCUCAAGGUCUGGGCCGACCACCGCCCGGCGUUCUGGAAGCUCGCCCUCACGCUGCUGCCGCUGCUCGUCGCCGCCACCGUCGCCUGCGCGCUGACGGUCGACGCCGCGCACAACUGGUACGACAUCGCCGCGGGCGCGGCGAUCGGCGUCGGCGCGGCGCUGGCGUCGUACCGCGCUUCGUACGCCGCCGUCUGGGACUGGCGCUACAACCACAUCCCGCUGCUGCCAGGGCAGCCAUUCGCGUACGAUGGUGACGGCGAGGCGGAUCACGUGGCGGCGACUCUGGCGCAGACUGCGGGAUGGGGCGCGUCGUCGCGGAAGAAACGCUGGCUGCCGGAGGAGGAGCCGGAGGGGGCGUCGAGUGGUACCGGUGCGGUGGGAAGGCGGGCCUUUGACUGGCAAGAUGCUGAAGAUGCGUAA